AUGAAUACGGUAACUAAAGAUACAGAUUAUGAAAACUCAAUAAUUAUAAACUUUAUUGAUUUCUGUUUAAAUUUUUUUUCAGGCAUAUAUAACAUUGACAGAUUAUUAAAAAUCCAGAUAAGGGAUAAUAUCGAUGAGCAAUCUCAAAAUGAGAUUAGGGAUUUUUUAUUUAAUAAUGAAUUGACAUCAGUUGAUAAUAAUCAAUUAGUUGCUUUAUAUGAUGAAGAUUUAAAAACGUUAAAAUUACACUCAUUAUUUGGUCAACUUGAUUUCGAUAUCGAAAAUAUACAAAAACUAUUAAUAAUGAAGAAUGAAAACUUAAUAAAUUUUACAACACCAUUACAUUUGCAACUUUCAUUUAUCACAAUUCCUCAAAAAUUAAAUAUUAAUAAUAUUUCAUCCUUGACUGAGAAUGCUAUUUCAUCUCUGUUUAAGAUGUUAAUAAAUGUUAAUCCAAAUCUAUAUUCAAACGACUAUGUGACUAAUAUUAAUAAAAAUAUUCAUGAUUUGUCAAUGAGGCUCCUCAAUUUACAAAAUACAAUAACGACACCAGAUUUUAAAGCAACAGCAAACGAAAUUAUAAGGGAAAUAGUAAUAAAAGGAGCAAAAUUGACUAAUUUUACUGAGUUUUUGCCAGAAACUUAUAUGAACGAUUCAAAUUUUCUAAAUUCUUUACAGAGUACAGUAAAUAUAUGGAUAAAAAAUAUUUUAGUUUUGACAACGCUGGCUGAUAAUGAUUUUGAAGGCUCGAUUGAUCAUGAAUUAACUUUCUGGAGUAAUCUAAGUACAGUAAUGACGUCGAUUUUGAAAUCUUUAAAUUCUACUGAAGUCAUCAUUACAUUCACUAUCUUAUUGGAAGCCAAGAGAUUUAAAUCUUUAACAACAGUUAUUUCCGAUACACGUUUAUUAGAAUACGUGAAACAAACAAGUGACUACAAAGAUUUUCUUCUCAGUCUGCCUAUAUCAAAAAUUAAUGAUUGUGAUAUUUUAACUGCUUUAAAGGAUUUGAUUUACACUCUAUGCAUGAAACUUAAAACAUUUGGGAUAUCACAAAAGUCGGUAGAGAGAUUUAUUUCGCUGUUACAGAAACUCGACAAACAUUUACGUAAUAAGCUAAUCACUAUCGUUCCCUGCAUGUUAAAGCAAACUUAUUCUGAAUUUAUCAAUAAUUCUGAUAUAUUAAUACGUACAAUUAACUUCUGGGAGAAGUCGUAUAAUGAUCUCAUAGUUCAAGCAAGGAAAUGCAUACGAGAUAAUAAAUUGACUGAUGUUCAAACUAUUUAUAAGGUUAGUGAUACAGGGGAGUUUAAAGAAUUUAUUAAAAAUAUAAUAAAGUUUAGAAAGGAACACGAAAAAUUUAGAAUACGAGUAGAAAAAUUGCAUUUCCUUGAUUUAACGAAAGAUGUGAAUCACCUAUAUGAGAUUAUCGAAAGCCAAGCUUUCGGUGCAAGUUCUGUAAUAGAAGACUUUAAUGAAGCAAGAACAAAUUUUAACAACGCUUACUUAAACCUUCAAGAUAGCAUAUCUACCAGGUUUCAAAAUGACUUAGAAAAUAAAAUAACUCCUAGUGAACUGUAUCUGCACUUGUACAGAUUUAAAUAUAUUAGAGAGUAUAUUCCUAUAUUAAGGGGAACAUAUACCCAGGCAUUCCAACUGUAUAUCAAAUAUCUUAAGGUUGAAAUUGAUCAAUUAGAAAGUAUCUCCCAUAAUAAAUCAUUCUUAAAGAAAACUUUAAGUUCGAAGGAUAUGACCCUAUUCUCAUCUAAUGUAAUAUUAAUGCAUCAAAUAUCUACUCAUGUUAAAAAUAUAUUGCUUUCUCUGAAAAAUUUGAAUUGUGAUAAAAUAAUAGAUGGGAACGAAUUCCUCAAUAUUGUCCAUAGUUGUGAAAUUCUUAUAGAUAGUAACGAUAUCAAAACAGAAUUAUCUACAUGGAAAUAUGAUAGUUUUGGUAAUGAGCAUUUAAUUGACAGCCAACCUGUAUUUACUAUUAUGCUUAAUGAAAAAGGUAUAUAUGAAUUAAAUCUAAAUUUUAAUUAUCAAGUGUUGGGAAACAUUAAGGAUUUUAAAACUUUGAUGUUUUCUGGUAUCGACAUGCCAGAUGAUCUUCUUAUUGAUAUCAUGCAUUUUGAAGAAAUCACACCAUUUUACUACUCAGUAUUAGAAAAUGUUCAAAUAUUUUUUAACACUUUGGAGAAUAUCAAGUCAAAGCCUUUUUGUAAUAUUUUACUAUCAACGCAGGUACAUAAUAUAUGGGAUUUAGUCCAUGAAGGAAUGCUAACAAAUUGGGGACAAAUUUUUAACCGCUCUAUAUCAAUUGGCAAUGAACAGAAUUUUAUUAAUAGAUUUGAGAAGUCUAUAUAUAAAUUGGUAGAAAUGUAUUCCAUUGUUAAUAACUCUAAUGAAAUAUUGAAUGUUAUCUUUAAAAAACUUUUAGAUACCCCCUUUGAUAAAGAUGAUUUAAAUUUAAUUAUUAAUGAAUUACAGGCUGAACUCUAUAAUAUCGAUAUAUUUGACGAUAAUGAGAUAAAUUAUUGUAUAACUUAUUUUAAUAUUGCUAUUAGGUACAUUUUGAUUGCCAAAAUAACAAAAUAUUUGAAAAACUUUCAACUCAGUUAUACAAAGGUUACAGUUAACAUGUCAAAUCUUGCAAUCAAUUUUUGUCCCGAUCUUGGUACUUUAAGCAAUAUAUUAAUAUCGGAGUUCCACAAUCAAUUGAAGUCAAUAUUUAAAAUAAAUAGUCUUCGAUUGAAAAAUCCUCAGAAUAGCACAGACACGUCCUUUUUCUAUGAUCUAAGUCUAUUUCAAGAUGUUGUCACUGAAACGACAUCAAGAAUACUGGGCCAAAUUAAUGAUAUACUUGAAAUUUUAACAGAUUGGAAACACUAUGAACAAAUGUGGUAUUUUAACGAGGAUAAGAUUGUUGCACAUGCUUCAAACGACUUAAACAAAUUGAAUUCUUUAUUUUUAACUUUAUUCCAUGAUAGACAAAAAUUGUACGAUUUGUAUAAAUGCACUAAUAUACCUAUACUUGAUGUAGAUUACGGUAAUACAUAUUCCGUGAUUGAUAAUAAACUGAGAGCGUAUGAGAAAAUAUUAAUACAGCAUUUAGUGUCAUGUUAUUCAAAGAAAUCAGAACAGUUCUCCAAAACUGUUGUUGGACUUAAAGACCAACUGAUAUUAGCAGAUCUUAACUUUGGUUCCCUUUAUUCAGCAAUAGAAUAUAUUAUUUUUGUUAUUGAAAUAACAGAGAAAAUAGAUUUGUUUAAAAACGAAUUAAGCCAUUAUAAAAACUAUCAAAAAACCAUAACAAUGUCAAAAAUUCGGCUACCUCUAACAUUUAUGUUUGUUGAACAAUUGGAGUGUGAUUUUAAUGAUUUAUUGCAGAUUCAUGAGAGUAAAUAUAAAAUUUUAGAAGCUAACCAUUCACAAUUUGACACUAUAUUCUUGACAGAAACUAAUAAAAUCAAAGGAACGAUAGAUUCUCUGAUUAAUGAUUGGGAUAUUGCAAAAGAUAUUACCUUUGCCUCACUACUUUUGGAUGAAAAACUGUCUAUCAUUUCUGAAUUCGAAAAAAAGGCACAUACUCUUGUUCAGAAAAUUGCACAAAUUCAUACUGCCUCUAAACUUUUAGUAAUUCCAAUAUAUUUAGAGAAUAAUAGAGUCGAGAUUUUAACUAAUGAAUUAUCAGAUCAGAAAACUAAAUAUCUAAAAGGUAAAAUGUUGACAACAGAUUUAGAAAAUGUACUUCACCAGAAAUGGUCUAGCACUCUGAUCCCUCAUAUUAUGGAAAAAAUUAGAUUAAUUGUUUCUCAAUUAUCUGACCUUAUAAGAGAAGGACAAAAAGAAUUAUCUUACAGUUUCGUUCACUACUCAAGUGAUCAAUUUAAGGAGCUAUUGUUAAUUCUAGAAAAAUUAAAAGAUUCAUCAAUCAAAAAAAGACAUUGGCAAACAGUAUUUUUUAAAUUCUCAACUGAAAGGAUACCUGAGAAAAUAAUAGAGGAUUUAAAUUUCACUAUUGAGGAUGUAUUGACAAUCGAUUUUUCAAAACAUGUUACUGAAUUAAAUUCCAUUAUUGAAUCGGCAAAGCAAGAAUACAUAAUUGAGGAUUCAUUAAAUAAACUUAAAGAAUAUUUGAAUACAUCUCAUCUCUCUUCAUACAAGCAUAGUAGUGGAGCUUAUAUUGUGAAUGAAUGGGAUGAUCUAUACAAAUCUUGUAAGGAUUAUUUAGAUGAGUUGAAUUCCAUGAAAAUACACUCUAGCUAUAAUAUAUUUGAGCAAAAGUGUAAUGAAUGGGAAAUUAAGCUUGAUCGAAUUCUUCAAAUUUUUGAUAUUUGGAUGGAACUACAAUUUUAUUGGUUAGAUUUAUAUGGAAUAAUUGGAAUGAAUAAAGAAGUUAGAGAUCGUCUUCCAUUGGAAUCUGCAAAAUAUGAUAAUGUUACAUCAGAUUACAAAAGUAUUCUAACUAGAAUAUUUACCUCAACCAAGAUUUUGGACAUUCUGAAAUUUCCAAACUGUUUGGAAUCUUUUUCUCAUAUUCUAAGUUCACUAAAAUUGAUUAAGUCGUCCUUAAACGAUUUCAUUGAUAACCAAAGAAUGAGAUUCCCAAGAUUUAACUUUUUAUCUAACGAGGAUAUUCUCAGAAUUCUUGGAUCACCAUCUAGUGCUGUUAUGAUUUCAAGUUUUUGCCAAAAGUUAUUUGGAACUAUCAAGGGACUAUUAAUAGAAGAUGAAAUUAUUACAGGUGUCAUCUCUAUUGAAGGAGAACAUAUGAUUUUUACAAGUGCCAUUAGUAUGGUUGGUAAAGAAAGUAAUUUACUAUGGUUAAAUGAUAUUGACAGUGCAUUAACUGAAACUCUGAAUUAUCAAAUUCAGCUAGCAAAGGCUCAGAUCAACAAUGGGAAUAUCUUGAGUAAAAUCAUAGAUCAUCAUGUUUAUCAAUCCGUAUUAGUUGCCCUACAAAUUAUUGUAACUAAGAAGAUUGAUGAAAGUAUUGGUCUAAAAGAUUUUAGAAACCUUCAAACAUAUUUGCAUACAUCAGUUUCUUCAAUGAUUGAAGUUAUCUACAAAAUAGAAGAUCCUUUAAAAAAAAAAAAAUGCAUUAAUUUAUUAAUUGAACUUUUGCAAUAUAGAAAUUUUGUUGAUGAAUUACAUUUAAUGCCUGCCUUAAAUCGGAAAGUAGCUUGGAUUAAUCGCUUAAAAUUUUAUGGUACUAUCGCAGAUUCUGAUGGAUUGGAUAAUAUAUAUGUGUCAAUUGGCAAUAAUAACAUAAAGUACUCCUAUAGUUAUAUUGGUGUUCCUGAGAACCUUAUUCGUACAGAAUCUCUUCUGACUGCAUAUGUUUCCCUGAUGCAUGCAUUUGAUCAAAAUUACGGAAGUAGUUUAUUUGGACCUGCAGCUACUGGAAAAACUGAAACAACCAAAUCCUUAGGACAUUCUCUGGGUAAAACUGUGGUUAUUUUCAACUGUGACGACUCAUUUGACAUUGAUUCUUUAACCAGAAUCAUGGGUGGUAUUUGUCAGUUAGGAGUUUGGUGUUGUUUUGAUGAGUUCAAUCGACUUCCAAAAGCUAUUCUUAGUGCAGUAGCAAGUUAUCUUGAGGCAAUACAAUUUUCUUUAACGAGAAGCUUGAACUCAGUUCAAUUAAGACAAAGCUCAUUUAAACUACAUAAAGAUUCAAGAUUUAUUGUCACAUUAAACCCUACAUAUGAAGGACGUUCUGAAUUACCAACAAAUCUAAAGAAAUUAUUUCGUUCUUUUUCGAUGUCUCAUGCUGACCUGUACACGAUAUCCUCUGUGUACUUGGAAAUGAUGGGAUAUCCUGACUGGUCCGAUUUAUCUAAGACUUUGAGUAAUUUAAUGUUAGAAUUGGAUAAACAAUGUACGAAACAACUUCAUUACGAUUUUGGUUUGAGAUGUCUCAAAACUAUUUUACGAAACGCUCAAAUUUUAAAAAAAAAAGAUGUGCAUAGCCGUCUUAAAGUGUUACUAAAUAGUAUUAUUCAAGUGAUAUCACCAAAGUUAAAUAUGGACGAUACUGUCUUAUUGCAUCAUUUAAUAAGGAAAUAUUUUAAUGUCGAUCUUCCGCACAUAGAUAAUGAUAUGUUUAUCUCCACACUUGUCAAUCAGAUGCCAUAUAAAUACAGUGCUCAUUUUAUUCAACUCUGUAAGCAUCUCUAUGAACUUCAAGGUAUCAAUCAAUCUGUAAUCAUUAUGGGAAAAACUGGAUCAGGUAAAUCCACACUUAUUAAAGAAACAUUGCGUGCAAUUAAAACAUUAUUGGGAAUAAAUACGAUACUCUAUAGAAUCGAUACAAAGACUUUGACCAAAGAAAAAUUAUAUGGAUAUAUUAAUAAAGUUACAUUAGAAUGGAAGGAUGGGGUGUUUACCUCUAUAAUAAGGGAUAUCAUGACAGAUUCGCACGCUCAAUAUAAGGAUGCAUUAACGUGGAUUGUUUUUGAUAGCGAUAUUGAUCCUGAAUAUGCAGAAGUAUUAAAUAGUGUUCUUGAUGAUAAUAGGUUAUUAACUUUGCCUACCGGUGAAAGAUUAAAUAUUCCAUCGAACGUUAAAAUUUUAUUUGAAACACAGGAUUUAAUUCAUGCAACAAUGGCAACUAUUUCGAGAUCUGCUAUGAUUUGGGUCUCUACUUCACUUUAUUCCUCUUUUGCACUUUUCAAACAAAGCUUUGAAAAUGAGUUAUCUAUGUUACCAGAUAGAUUACCAAACCAUGACGGAUGGGUAGAAAAUGUUAUUUAUCCGAUUCGCAAGUUAUUGACAGAAUCAAUACUCAAUGAAAUUAUUGCAAAAGCGUCCCAAUUUUCUCACGUAAUGUUUUUUAUUGAAACCAGAUCUCUACGGAAUUUUGCAAGAAGUUUGAUAACAGAGCUUAAGAAAUUGCAGAAAUAUCAUUUUAAAUUGGAAAAUGUAUUUUUGAGACGUUUAUUAAUCUUUUUAAUCAAAAAUUCUUUAGUUUUAUCAUUUGUGGCAGAUUGUUGUUUGGAGGAUCAAGAUGUAUUUCUGAAAUUAUUAAAUAAAUUAUUUAAUAAUAGCAAUGGCCAGUUGGAAUUAGAAGGUGAUAUAUUUGAUGUAAUAUUUGAAGAGGAAACUUUAUGCUUUAAACCUGCACUAUCUUUUAUUGAUAAUCACUCAUUGCAAUUUCAAGAUAUUACUGCAACCGACACUGUUGUGGAAACGGUCGAUACCGUGAGACAGAAACAUGUUAUUUUGCAUCUGUUGACUUCUGAUCAGAUGCCUAUUUUAUGUGGUCCAGCGGGAUCAGGUAAAACUAUGAUAUUAACAAAUUCUAUCUUAAAUUCCAAAAGUUACGCCAUACAAUCAAUGAGUUUCUCGAAAGAAACAACGGUUGAUAAUAUAAUUAAUAUUAUAAUCAAUAACUGUGAGCAAAAGUCGACCAGUAAUGGCUUUAUUUUGUCUCCAAAACUUCAUAAUAAGAUAUUAGUUCUCUUUUUUGAUGAAAUAAAUUUGACUUCUACCGAUAGAUAUGGUUCUCAGCCAGUUAUUUUAUUUUUAAGACAACUAAUAGAAACGGGUGGCUUUUGGGAUUAUAAAACAAAUCAAUGGGCUACAUUAGAAAAUGUUAAGUUUGUUGGUGCAUGUAACCCUACAGAGGAUCUUGGCAGGUCAGAACUAAAUUCAAGUUUUCUUCGUCUUACGAAUAUUAUUAACAUUCCUCAUCCGAAUAAUAAAUCGUUAGAUUAUAUUUAUAAGAAGUUUUAUAUGUCAAUUCUAAAAUUGGUACCUCAAGCUAAAGGUUAUGUUCAAGAAUUUACUAGCGCGACAAUUAUUGUCUAUCAGUUAUUUACCGAAACCUUUUCUAGUGAUCAAAACAAGCAUUAUAUAGUGUCUCCAAGGGAAAUAACUAGAUUAACGAAAGGAAUUUAUUACCUAAUUAUUAACGGUAACUUUACAACACUACAGGAAAUAAUACAACUUUGGAUAUAUGAAUGCCAAAGAAUCUUCUCUGAUCGAUUGGUAACGCCAGAAGAGAAAGUUAUUUUCUAUACUUUGCUCUAUGAUACUUGUCAUAAAUAUUUUCCUCAUCAAAAUAUUACUAACUUAAAUAUGAAUGAAAUAUUAUUUUCGAACUGGUUAUCAUUAGAGUAUAAAAAAGUCCAUAUUAAUGAACUUUCCAAAUUUAUUGAACAAAGGUUUAGUACUUUCUGUGAAGAGACAUUAGAAUAUAAUUUCGUUCUUCAUAAUGAAUGUCUUAAAGAAAUAAUAUCUGUGGAUAGAGUUUUAAAGCAAUUUCAAGGACAUAUGAUGUUAAUUGGCCCACAUAAAACAGGAAAAACAACUAUUGUCAAAUUUGUGAGCUGGAUGAAUGGUAUUGAAGUUAUACAAUUGAAUAUCCAUAAGAACUAUACACUGGAUGACUUUGAGAAUUUUUUAAGAAUCACUUUGCUAGAAUGUGCAUUAAAUGAGAAGCCUAUAUGUAUGUUAAUUGAUGAAUCUAAUCUAACAAAUCCCGUGUACUUUGAAAGAAUUAAUUCAUUACUUGCGAAGUCGGAUAUAUCAGACUUAUUUCAGGGUGAAGAGUAUGACAAACUUAUAUCAGAUGUAUCAGUUAAAGUUAGAAAACUAGGGCUACCUAUUGACACGGAUAAGGAACUAUACACGUGGUUUGUUUCUCAAAUGUCAAAGAAUUUACAUGUUAUAUUUGAAAUAUCCAAAAAUAUAACAGAAGAUUAUAGUGUCUUAGCUUCUCCCGCAAUGUUUAAUAGAUGUGUAAUUUAUUGGACAAAUAGUUGGGAACCUCAUACCAAAAUACAUGUGAUAAAUCACCUGCUUAAACCUGUACCAAUAAAUGUUGAAAUUGAUUUUAAAAAUGUUGAUAAAAAUCUCAAUGUUUUAAGUCAUUCUAUUGAAAAUAACUUGCACCUUCUCAUUAACUGUUUUAUGCAAAUAGAUGACAUAUUUUCGGUUUCUUCUGGAACUAUGGAAUCGCCUUCGAGGCUAUUGAAUGCAUUGGGGCUCUUCAUUGGGCAGUAUAAUAAUGAUAUCUCUGAGCUGGAAGUAAACCAACGAUUUAUGUCUAAUGGUCUGGAGAAAUUAAAUGAGACUGUUCUGGAGGUUAAAAUUUUAAAUACAGAAUUAAAUGAUAAGAAAAAUGAAAUGGAAUUAAAGGAAUCUGAAGCUAACCAGACUUUGGAUGAAAUGUUGAUAGAGCAAAAUGAAGCAGAAAGAAAGCAUGACGCGACAGAAGAUAUAAAAGCAUUGUUAGAAAACCAGGAGAGAAUAAUCGAGGAAAGGAAAAGGUUUGUUAUAGAAAAAUUAGCAUCUGUGGAACCUCUGAUAGAAGAAGCAGAAAAAGGUGUUAAAGGAAUCAAAAAAGCACAUCUUAUUGAAAUUAAAUCGAUGUCACAUCCUCCAAACUCGGUUAAACUAACCUUAGAAGUGAUGUGCAUAUUAUUAGGAUAUAACUUUUCGACGUGGAAUGACAUAUUAAAUUAUAUCCGUAAAGAUAAUUUUAUCAACGAUAUUUUAACUUUUGAUACAUUAGCGAUGAUUUCAGAAAGUGUUAAAGAAAUUAUAAUCGACGAAUAUUUUUCUAACAAGGACUUUAAUUUUAUAAAGGUUUAUAGGGCAAGCAAAGUAUGUGGUCCAUUAUUCAAAUGGAUAGAGGCACAGCUUAAUUUUAGUGAUACGUUGAAUAAUAUUGAACCUUUACAAAAAGAAGUUAAAUCAUUGGAAAGUAAAACUAGGAAUCUUCAAGCUAAAUUAUUGGCAGCUGAAGAUAUGAUUAAAGAUCUACAAGAAAAGAUAAUUACUUCAAAAAAAUAUUAUAGCUCUACUAUUAGAGAUAUUGAGAAAAUUAAAACUGAGAUGAAAGCGAUAAAAUUAAAAUUAGAUAACUCUAACGAACUUGUUCUUUCUUUGACAGAAGAAAAGACCAGAUGGUCAAAAAAUUUAAAAUUAUUUGGGUCAAAACGUGCAAAUUUAUUAGGUAACUCCUUUCUAACUGCAAUCUAUGUCUCAUAUUGUUGCGAAUGGGAUGAAACAGUUAGGGUUUCUAUGCUAGAAAGAGCCAGGUCAUUGUUAAGGAGUUUGAAUAUUCCUUUUCAGGAGUUCUAUACCUAUAAAAAUGAAGCUGUUGAUAAAACAGCAACUUCUGAUUGGGUUCAAUUCGGUCUACCCAAUGAAAAGUUUUUUAUUGAAAGUUUUAAUAUGAUAAUCGAACCUCCUGCUAAUUACUUAUUGUUGGUUGAUCCAAAUGGUACCAUCAUUCCAGUUUUAUCAAAAGUAUAUGGGGAAAGAUUCAGUAUUUUUUCAUUUCUUGAUGAAAAUUAUAUUAAACGGUUAGAAAAUUCAAUCAGGUUUGGGGAAGUAGCAUUAAUAUGCGAUGCAGAGUAUUAUGAUUCGAUCUUAGAUAAUAUUAUAUCAAAAAGGUAUAGAAGUUCAGCAGGCAGGACGUCAGUUAUAAUUGGUUCUAAAGAACUAGAUAUUUCUAAAAAUUUCAAACUAAUUUUACAUACAAAAAAUUAUGAUUAUAAUAUUCCAUCAUUCAUGAGUAACAAUUUAAGGGUUCUGAAUUUCAAAGUUAGCCAUGCAAGUGUCGAAGAACUGACAAUUAAAUUAUCUGUAGAAAAUGAAAAUGCAAACAUUCUGAAAGAAUAUGACGAAAUUUUAUCAAUAGAAAGGGAUACAAAAACAAUGUUAAAAAUAUACGGCUCUCAGUUGCUGAAAGAACUAAGCUCUUCGGAAGGAAGUAUUUUAGAAAACCAUAACUUAGUCGAGAUCUUAGCCAGCAUGAAAAUGCAAUCUUUUCAACUAGAUAAACGAUUAUCUAAUUCCGGAGCAAUAAUGGAUAAGGUUUCUUCCACACGCUCAAAAUAUAAGAUGUUAGGAAGACACAGUUCGAUGAUAUUUAAAAUCUUUGAGCAAUUAAGCUCCUUCAAUUGGUUUUAUGAAUUUACCGUUGAAAAGUUUUUAGAGUGUGUUAGGACUGUUAUUUAUAACGUGGGCCAAUCAAAUAGUGAUUCACUCCUUGAAUAUAUUGUUGACAAGUUGUACAAUGCUGUAAUUAAAACAUUCGCUUUAAAUUUAAGUCAAACUGACUCUGAAUUGUUAACUUUUUCUUUAUAUUUAUUGAAAAUAGCGAUUCAGAAUGAAUAUAAAAAUAUCUCAGAAUUUAAAUAUAUUAUUAAACUAAUGACUUCAUUAAAUGAUUAUGCAGAUAAUGAUAUUACAUUGGUCCAACUUAUGGAAUUACUUAGAAUUGCUCAAACUCAAGGCUUUUCAGAAAUGAUUAACUUUUGUAGAAAAAGACUGACAUCUGAAUCAGAUUUUACUCUUAAAGAUCUAGUACAGUUAAAACCUAAUAUAAACAUAUUAUGUGGUAAUGAAAAAGAAAUAGAUGGAACAUAUGAAAUUAAAAAGGUUGCCUUGGCAUUGAAUAAAGAGUUGGUUGUUAUUUCAUUAGGUGAUAAGUCCUCAAUUGAUUUUAUUGAGGGACAGAUUAUCAAAGCUAAGGAUAAAAAUCAAUGGCUGUUGCUACAAAAUGCUCAACUUUCUGGCGAUUGGAUCUCUUCCAGUUUACAGAAAUAUCUUGAUCAUGGCAAUUAUUUCAACGAACUAGAAAACAAUAAUUCAAAGGAGAAGCGUCUAAAGUUGUUCAUGACAUGUGAUUUGUUUGAUACACCAAUGCCGAUUCCAAUAUUACAAAAAUGUUAUAAUUAUUAUUGCUCAAAUGGGGGUAAUAUUAUUGAUAUUUUGCUCGCAAGUUGGCGUAAUGAGAUUACAAAUGAAUCAGAAAUCGAUAAAAUGAGUGAAUAUUGGUAUUUAAAAUUUGUUUUAUCGAUAAUUCACUCUCUAAUCAUUUCAAUUAAUAAAUUGACAGGAUUAGGGUUUAAUAAAAAAUAUGAUUUUAACAGUAUUGACAAUGAAUUUAUAAUGAAAAUAGUGUUUAAGUCCACUAGUACGGUAGAUUUCCAUGAAUUAUCUUUUGAAUAUUUAAAAUAUAUUCUUUUGAAUAUAGUCUAUGGUGCAAAAAUUGAUAAUGAAUCAGAUUUUAAGAUAUUAGAAACAAUAGUGACUAAGAUUCUGAAUAACUCAAAUAUACCAAAGCAAGAUAGCAAAUUUUCAGAGAUAUUACCUAAUAUCGCAAUUGAUAACUUAUAUUCACAUGAAUUUGAUUCAAUUGAUAAAUUUAUUAAAACAAUUAAAGAGCCAAGCAAUUCGAAAAUCGAAUGGUUACAAUUACCGAAGGAAAAAAUUGAUAUUCAUAAUAAGAAUUAUUCAAAUGAUAUUACGGAAAAAUUACUUAAAAUAUUUCCAUUUCAAGACUUAUAA